AUGGAGAACCAGUGUCUUGCCAAGAAAGUUCCAGGGUUCUGCUCCUUUCGCUAUGGAUUGGCUGUUGUUUUGCACUUCUGUAACAUUGUCAUCAUGGCUCAGAGAGUGUGCCUGAACCUCACCAUGGUAGCCAUGGUGAACAGAACAGAGCCACCCCAUUUACCCAAUGGAUCUGCAGUGGAGAGACUGGAUGAUGGAAAGAACCCCGUGUAUUCCUGGAGUCUUGAUAUUCAAGGGCUUAUCCUCAGUUCUGUCUUCUUUGGUAUGGUCGUGGUUCAGAUUCCUGUUGGGUACCUAUCUGGACUAUAUCCAAUGAAGAGAAUACUUGGGUUUUCAAUGCUCCUCAGCUCUGUGCUCUCCAUGCUUACCCCACCAGCAGCCCAAGCUGGAGCAGCUUUCGUCAUUGUGUGUCGAGUACUCCAGGGAGUAGCCCAGGGGAUAGUGUCAACAGGCCAACAUGAAAUAUGGGUCAAAUGGGCACCUCCCUUGGAACGAGGCCGGCUUACCUCCAUGACUUUAUCAGGAUUUGUAAUGGGACCAUUUAUUGUCCUUCUUGUGAGUGGAUUCAUCUGUGAUCUUCUGGGUUGGCCCAUGGUUUUCUACAUUUUCGGUAUUUUUGGCUGUAUCCUGAGUCUUUGCUGGUUCCUUCUGUUCUAUGAUGACCCCAAGGACCACCCAUAUAUGAGCAGCAGGGAGAAGGCCUACAUCACAUCCUCUCUUCCCCAGCAGGUCAGCUCGCGCAGACAAUCUCUGCCAAUCAAAGCUAUGCUUAGGUCUCUUCCGCUCUGGGCUAUUAUCAUCAAUACCUUUGCUUUCAUAUGGUCCAACAGCCUCCUGGUUACGUACACUCCAACAUUUAUCAACACUGUGCUUCAUGUUAACAUUAGAGAGAACGGGCUGCUGUCCAGUCUCUCCUAUCUGCUUGCUUACAUCUGUGGCAUCGUAGCAGGUCAGCUGGCAGACUUCCUCCUGUCCCGGAAGAUUUUCAGCGUAGCUAACGUGCGGAAACUCUUCUCUACGCUAGGGAUUCUCUCGCCUGUGAUCUUCAUCAUGUGCCUGCUCUAUUUGAGCUCCAGCUUCUACAGCACGAUCAUCUUCCUGACACUCGCCAACUCGACACUCAGCUUUUCCUUCUGUGGACAGCACAUCAAUGCCUUGGAUAUUGCUCCCAGCUAUUAUGGCUUUAUUAAAGCAGUUUCAGCUCUAAUUGGAAUGAUUGGAGGCCUAAUUUCUUCAGCUGUAGCUGGGCUGAUCCUUAAUCAGGAUCCAGAAAACGCAUGGCAUAAGAUCUUCUUCUUGAUGUCAGGCAUUAAUGUGACGUGCCUAACUUUCUACAAUGUGUUUGCCAAAGGAGAAAUUCAGGACUGGGCUAAAGAAACAAAAAACACACGACUGUAA